UGCAUGGUCGUUUAUCUCAAAUUAUUACGUGUUUUCUUUGACUCAAAUGGUCUCAUUCCUAUAAUCAGUUGUCUUGAAUCUUUAAACAUGCGUGGACUUGUGGUUUUUAUUUCUUUGUCAUUAUUAGCGGUAUGCCAGGGGGACCCUGUUGCUUCGCCAGUAAUAUGUGGCCGAAUGCCCACUGCGAUAUACAGGUGCCUCGGCACACCGCAAAUAGUGAAGCCCGGAAUCGCUUCCCAGUGUGAUAAGACUCUUCCUGAGUGUGAAAAAAUCACAUGCAUAUUCAGGAAAUCGGGUUGGAUGGAUGGUGACAAGAUAGACAAGCCCAAGUUAUCGGCGUACUUCGACCAGUUCGCCAAAGACAACCCCGACUGGCAGAAAGCUGUGGACGGCGUGAAGUCGACCUGUCUUCAAGCGGUCUUACCACCCCAGGGCAUCCACCUCAACUGCCCAGCUUUUGAUGUCAUGCAGUGCAGCUUUGCGACCUUUUUAAAGAACGCCGAACCAUCUCUGUGGAAGUCAUCAGAAGGCUGCGAGUACCCUCGCCAGUACGCCGCAGCUUGCCCCGUGUGCCCCACCGACUGCUUCGAGCCUCAAAUACCUCUCGGCUCGUGCAACGCCUGCAACGCUUUGCCGAGGUCACCCUAACGUGUUAAUCUAAACUUAGUACUUACGCGUGAGGUAAUAAAUACCUGAGAGUGCAAA